GCUUCCAGCGCCAGCUCAACUACUUUGGUUUCCGCAAGUGGACCAAGACGCAGUCGCACGUGUGCACGUUCAGCCACCCCGAGUUCAACCGCAGCUCGACGCUUGAAACGACGCCGAUCGCCCGCAAGCGCGAGGGGUCGCCGGCGUCAUCAUCGUCGCGGUCCUCGUCCUCGUCGCCGUCCAUGUCGCCAAUGACGAUGGUCGAGAGUCUGUCGGUGAUGGAGCUGCCGUCGCUCGACCUUCUCGAGGACCUCUUUGCGUCGGACGUGAUCAAGCACGAGGACGAGGACAUGGACGCGGCCGACUGGGCGGUGUGCGCCGACCUGCUGGACAGCUGCGAUAGUGACAUGGCGUGGCUGUCGACGCUCGACUGUAGCAUUAUGGUCUAACGCGAACCAGGCAAAUUGAUAU